GAAUAGUACAUACGGCAAAGAAGAUACAGUUUACUGUUCACUCGAGAGGAUCAAAAGUCAAACGACAGCAUAUGUAUAUCUCCAAAUAAUUUUUGAUUGUCGCGGACCUCUUGGACGUUAAAGAAAAGGUGGCUCCCUUGAGGAUUAGCUGGCGUGCUAGCAGCCGUAUAACUGGACUUAACUCGAAUUGUUUAGCUAACGUUACCGAGCUCGCGGCUCUUCAACCCUAGAGAUUAAAACAGAUUUGCCCAAGACAUCUCAGUAAGCAGUUGAAGGGCAUGGAGGAGCCAGGAACUAUAGAGGUGACUGUAAAGACUCUUGACUCUCAGAGCAGGAGUUACACUGUCCGGGGAGAGUGGACGGUGAAGGAGUUUAAAGAACACAUUGCUGCUUCAGUUGAGAUUCCAGUGGACAAACAGAGGCUGAUAUACCAAGGCAGGGUCCUGCAGGAUGAGAGGACUCUGACAGAAUAUAAUGUGGCUGGUAAGGUGAUCCAUCUUGUAGAGCGAGCCCCACCUCAGACAACUCAGUCUGGGGGUGGAAGUGGAGGGGUCCCUGGAUCCUCAGGCGGAGCCGACGGAGGAUCCGGCUCCUCCCACUCAUCCUCUACCUCCACCACCCAAGGCCCUCCACAUGACCGCAACGGUAACAGCUACGUCAUGCUCGGCACUUUCAACCUGCCGGUUAAUAUCAUGGAUCCCCAGCAAAUACAGAUGUCAGUGCAGCAGAUGAUGGCUGGUGUUGGGGAGGCUGGGCGGAAUGCCAGAGUCAGUACCAGUGCUGGGACCAAUGGAUCCUUGGACGUACAUAUCAACUUGGACCAAUCAGUGCAGAGUGAACCAAGAAUGAGACUCCAAUUGGCUGAGAACUUGCUGAGAGAGACCCAAUCUUUGAUCCACAGACUUGAGGUGCAAAGAGGUCAAACAAAUGAAACAUCCUCCCAUCAGGAACCAACGCCUCCUCAGACAACGUCGUCUUCGUCACCUUCUUCUUCUGCACAACCGAUGGACACCUCUCCACCCCCUCCUCCUCCCUCCUCCUCCUCUUCCACACAAACAGAGGGAUCCUCUUAUACUGGGCCCAAUCAUCCAAGCCCAGCAGAGCUGGUGGAAGUUCUCUCAGAAGUGAGGAGGGUUGAGGAGAGACUUCGUCCUUUUAUGGAGAGAACGCACUCCAUCCUUGGAGCAGCCAGUUCAGCAGAUUACAACAAUAAUACUCAAGAACGAGAUGAAGACCAGCGCGUCCUCAAUAUGGUGGGAGAGUCCCUCCGUCUCCUAGGCAACACGCUGGUUGCCCUUAGCGACCUGCGGUGUAAUCUGGCCGCACAGCCUCCCCGACACCUUCACGUGGUCCGGCCCAUGUCUCAUUACACGCCCCCGGUUCUGCUGCAGAGCGGGUUACCCCACAUUCCCAUACCGAUGAACUUGGGCACCACUGUUACCAUGACAUCCAAUGGCAGGCAAUCAACUGAAGGCCAAUCACAGCCCUCCCAGCCUACAGGCCAAUCAGAGCAGCAGCCUCAAGCAGCACCUCGUCCACCUAACGCAUCCAGUCAUCAGCCUGGCCAGGGUCAGGGAACUCCACGAGUCAUAAGGAUAACUCAUCAGACGAUGGAGCCGGUGGUUAUGAUGCAGAUGAACCUGGAUGCAGAUUCAGGCAGUGGAGCUCAGGCCCCAGGGCAGCAGAACCCCAACGCUGCUGGACAGACUGGCACCACUCCUCCAGUCCAUAUCCCUGGCCUGCCUCCUGAGUUCAUGCAGGCCAUCAUGCAUCAGAUCUCUCAGCAGGCAGUUGCCAUGGCAGCCGCCGCUUCGGCCGGUCACCAAGGGCAACAGCAAGCCACUCCCGGCACCACUGGCCCGAACGGAGAGACGCCCGCUCCUCCUCCACCACCCCAGGCCAGAGUCGUCAUCACACGGCCGUCUUUCUCCCCACGUGUUCCCCAGUCAGCAGGCACCAGGGGAGCAACCAUCAACCUACGUGCAACAGUGCCCCCUACAGCGGGACAACAGGCAGGACAGGGUAACCCCAUGGCAGCCUCUCCUCUCACUCAGAUGGUCAGUGGUUUGGUUGGGCAGCUCUUAAUGCCAAUGCACACAAGCGAGCAAACUUCUACGACCACUUCAUCCCAUUCUUUUUCCUUCUCUACCUCUACCUCUUCCUCUUCCUCUUCCUCUUCAUCUUCGUCAUCCACCUCAUCUUCCUCUUUCUCUUCCUCUACUCCUCCUGCAUCCUCAGCCAACACUUCUGGUCAGACCUCCACUCGCACCACUAGCACGGCCUCUGUUGGCCAGUCCCAGGAGGGGGGACCCGAGGGGAAUUUGGCCCAGCUCCUUGGCUCUUUGCUGGGUGGCGCUGCAGGGGUUGGUGGGGGGGUCUCUGGGGGUGCCCCGUCCAUCACUGUUACAGUGCCUGGAGUCCCUGCUUUCAUCCAGGGCUUGUCUGAAUUUAUCCAGACCAAUCAGCCUGUCUUUCCUCCUCCUGGAACAGGAGCAACUCAGCAGCAGCAGCAGCAGCAGGCUCCUCCUCCUGCUUCUGCAACUCCCGCUCCUCCUUCUGGGGCAACCCCAACACCUCCUCAGCCUCCCAGUGGAGGAGGAGAGACUCUUAGCCCAGAACUUUUCACAGGUAUUGUGCAAGGAGUACUGUCCACCAUGAUGGGCUCCCUGGGAGCUGGCCAGGGCAACAGCGAGAGCAUUGCCCAGUUUAUCCAGAGACUCUCUCAAACCAGUAACCUGUUCACUCCAGGAUCUGGAGAUGCAGUGGGGUUCUUUGGGGACCUGUUGUCUCUGGUAUGUCAGAGUUUCUCUAUGGUGGACAUGGUUCUGCUGCUACACGGGAAUCCUCAGCCUCUGAGCCGGAUCCAGCCCCAGCUCACUGCCUUUUUUAAUGAGCACUACCUCCAAGGCCGGGAGCCCACCGAUGCUAACAUUGCUACUGCUGCUGAGGAUCUGAUCAAUGGUCUGGAGGAGUAUAUCGCCGAGAGCUUUUCCACUGUUACCGUGCGAGAGGGAGUUGAUAUCAUUCAGACGAAUAUGUCUUUUCUCAGACAACAGUUCACACGCAUGGCCACGCACAUACUACGCUGCACGGAUCACACGUUUGGCCCUCGCCUGCUGUUUUUGUGUACACAGGGCCUGUUUGAAUGUCUAGCCCUGAAUCUGUACUGUUUACGAGGAGAGCAAAGGGCUCUUACUGCAGUCAUCAACCACCGCAUCAGGAGGAUGUCUGCAGAGGUGAACCCAAGUCUAGUUAACUGGCUGACCAGUAUGAUGUCUAUGAGACUGCAUGUGAUCCUGGACCACAACCCAGUGACAGUGGACCAGAUCCAGCACUACGUCAUCCACACACAGAGUGAAUCCACACAGAGGGCAGAGUCAGACUCACAGGCAGGCCAGCAGUCAGAGUCACAGAAUGUGGAGAUGGAGGAGACUCUAUCACCAGCUCCUGCCACCACCGCAGAGGAGGCCAUGGCUUCUUCAGUAGAGAGCGGAGAUGUCGGAGAACCGGCUGCAGAUCUGGUCCCCCCGCGCAGGACGUCAGGGGAGGUGCGAGGAGCUGUGGGCAUGGCAGGGGCUGGGAGGGAGGAGUCAGGAAGCGAUGUGGAGCCUUGGGCGGCAGCGGUCCCUCCUGAGUGGGUUCCCAUCAUCAGACAUGACAUCCUGUCCCAAAGAAAGAUGAAGGCUCAGCCCCCGUUGUCGGACGCUUACCUACACGGCAUGCCUGCCAAGAGGCGGAAGACUGCACAAGGAGAAGGACCCCACCUGUCUCUGUCUGAGGCAGUGACCCGUGCGGCCAGGACGGCGGGAGCGCGACCCGUCACUAACUCAGACAGCCUCCAGACAGAGCUGGAAGCACCGGAGCUCCAGGAGGCCUACACACAGCAGGUAAAAAGCGACAUAAAGAAAAGAGUGAGUGAAGAUCCCGACUACAACUCUCAGCGGUUCCCGAACACACACAAAGCUUUUUCUGAAGACUCGUAACCACAAAUAUACUGGCCUUUUUCCUCCCUCUCAUUCCAGUCGAUGUCUAGGACAUUAAUGUAUCCCAGGCCUUGUUGCAUUGUGAAAAAUCCAAAACAAAAACAAAACUAAAAAAAACCCACUGGUGUCUCGUUACUCAAGAGUGAAUGACAUAAUUUAUAAUUUGUAUUGAUCCGUAACGGCCUGAGACAUCCUGAAAAGCAGCCAGUCUCAGCUCUCUGCUGGAGCUGUGUUUUCUCUGCCGGGGAAAUCUUGGCUCUCUGUUCUGCAUUCUCUCUUCCACUUCACAUCCAUCUCCUGUGACCCAGAGCCCCAGCUGCUACACACAUCACACGCAUCGCAUAGAACUAUCCAGAACCACUGUCUCAUCUUGACCGGAUCUAUUUAUGUCUUUACAAAGCUUCCAUCCCCAUUGUAUAUUAGCAAACCCAAGUUGUACAUUGUUUUAAGAAGGUGUUUGAAUAUUUGCAAUAAUAGCCAUUGCGAUAUUAGCUUGCAGUCAUGUAAACUUGAAAACAAAAAAAAAAAAAGAAAAAAAGAAAAAGCAGUGGUCAUACCAGUAAGGCAAAAGAGUUUUAAUGAAAAGCAGACCGAGAAGUUUGUUUUAGAGAUGUCCAAACCAUUGUCUCACACGUAACCUGAGAACUAGUUUGAAGCGAGCAAAUGAGUUUACCAUCUAGAUGGUGGUUUCUGAGUUCUUUCCCUGAACUCGUUGACCGUUUGUAUUCAAUCCCAGCGCUGUUUCAUGUGACUUGGUCCUUCAGGUCUAUAAUAAGGCCUGUGAGUAUUUCAUUCAGGGGAGUCAGCGUGGGAUCAGUACACAAAAUGUGUAAGCGCUCUGUUAUCCUGAGGAGAGACUUUAGAAGCCUUCGUCUAGAUGUCGUAUUUCAAUCACGGUGAAGAACAUUCACCGCGUCUAAUGACUAUUAUAAAACGUGCGGUCUUUAAAUACUGUUCUCUGUGUUUUGUGUGAGUGGGGUGACCAACGCUUUAAAGUUCACUUUUUUAUUUAAAGAAAAAAAAAAACAAACUAGCUCUGUGUUUGU